AUGAGCGACUCAAAUUCACAACCCAUCAAAUACUCCGUCCACAAAACCGUCACCACGAAGCACAUCUCCCCGCCGUGCGCUGGCCGGAUAGUCAGGAUAUCCAUCACCGACGGCGACGCCACGGAGUCCUCCGGCGACGAACGCGGCUACGCCAACUGCCGGCGCGUGCGGAAGCACGUGAACGAGAUCAGGGUGGAGGCCGAGAGGCCGCCGCCGCCGCCGACGGCGGCGUCGGCAGCUCCCGCCACCAGGAGAGGCGGCCAGCAGGAGAGGAGCGCCGCCGCCGCGAAGAAGAAGCCGUCUCCAUCUCCGGCGGCGGGGGCAGAGGGCGGAGAGAAAAAGUACCGCGGCGUCCGACGGCGGCCAUGGGGGCGGUACUCAGCGGAGAUCCGAGAUCCGGCGCUCCGGACGAGGGUCUGGUUGGGCACCUUCGCGACGGCGGAAGAGGCCGCCGUUGUCUACGACAGGGAAGCGAUCCGGAUACGUGGGCCGGACGCCACCACCAACAUCAUCCGGCCGCCGCCCAGGGCGGCGGCCAACUCCGGCGAGGAGGAGUCGUUGGAGAAUCUGUCCUCCCCGACCUCCGUCCUUAAAUCGCGGUACCUGAAAACAGCCAACUCCGGCGAGGAGGAGGAUCAGAAGGGCGGGGUGGUUGAAGAUCCGCCGCCGCCACCGGAGUUGCUGAUGGAUGACUGUCUGCCGUUGGAUCAGUGCUUCCUCAAGGACUAUUUUGAUUUUCGGUCGCCGUCGCCGUUGAUCUACGACGAGGUGAGGGUGCAGGAGACGGUGUUGGAGAAUGUUCUUUUGGACGGCCUGGAUUUUGAGUUGAGUCACGAAUUCGGGUCGCUGACGUGGGAUGUCAGUGAAUUUCUCGAAGAUCAAAUUUUGGUUGGUUGA